UUAGAAAUGGCAUCUGGUGAUUAUAACAACAUCAAUGGCAACGACACAGAGAAUGCUGACAAUGAUAAUAAUGAAGCACUCGUUAAUGCUGACAACGACGAUAUGGACAACAAUGAUGCCGUAUAUGACAAUGUUCCAGCAGAUACGUCGCCAUUAACCGACUUCACCACACCCAUCUCGAGGAAUCAGCUGGAGGAAGUUUAUAACCACAGGCACAGUAAUCAAGUCUUCCGCGAGGAGUUUCAGUCCAUAUCCAAGGAAGUCAGCAAUCCUAGUGAUGAACACACGAGGCCGGAGAACGAGAAGAAAAACCGCUUUACAAACGUCUUUACUUAUGACCACUCGAGGGUAGUUCUUACCACCUUGGAAGACCAACCUGGCACAGACUAUAUCAACGCCAACUACAUAGAUGGCUACAACCACCCCAAGAAGUUCAUCGCCGGUCAAGGUCCAUUGCCCACUACUACCAACGACUUCUGGAGGAUGGUCUGGGAGCAGGAUACGGCAACUAUCGUCAUGGUUACCAAUCUAAUGGAGAAGAACACGGCAAAGUGUGCCCAAUAUUGGCCAAACAAGGACAGCAUGGACUUCGGUAACAUCCGGGUCACUUCGGAGGAGACUACCACCCUGGUGGACUACAUCAUCCGGACCUUCACCAUAAAUAAGGACGAAAGUCCAUCCCGAACAGUGACUCAGUUCCACUUCACCAGCUGGCCAGACUUUGGGGUGCCGCAAAGCCCCCUGGGCAUGAUGAAGUUCAUCAGGCGUGUCAAGACUGGCAACCCUCCCGGACGGGGACCGAUCGUUGUGCACUGCAGUGCCGGUGUUGGACGCACGGGGACCUUUAUUGCCAUAGAGGCCAUGCAGGAGAUGAUGGCUGCCGAGGGGAGGGUGGAUGUCCACGGCUUCAUCGGGCAGAUGAGGCACAACCGCCACUCCAUGGUUCAGACUGUGGACCAGUACGAGUUCAUCUACCGCGCCCUGCUGGAGCAGCACCUGUACGGAGACACGGAGGUGGAGGUGGCCAACAUCCACAGGCACAUGCACAAACUUAUGGCGCCGUCAGCCCAGCCGAACGAAUUGGGAUACGAGGCGGAGUUUAAGAAGCUUACGAGGAUUCCGAUUGACCAAAACAACAUGAGGACGGCCAACAAACAAGAAAACAAAAGCAAGAACAGAGAGAUUUCGAUCGUUCCUUAUGACACCUCCAGAGUAUUUCUACCCACAAUCACUAGUGUUAGUGGAUCAGACUAUAUCAACGCUUCCUUCAUUGACGGUUAUCGCCAGAAGGAUGGAUUCAUCGCUACCCAGGGUCCGUUAUCAAAUACUGUGGCGGACUUCUGGCGGAUGGUGUGGCACUGGGAGUCCUAUUCCGUCGUGAUGCUUACUGAGCUUGAGGAGAAUGGCAGGGAGAAAAGCGUCAAGUAUUGGUCGGACAACAGACUGAAAUAUGGAAGCAUCAGUGUUGAGAUGACGGACAGUAAAGAGAAUCCAGGCUACACGCUGCGUACGUUCAACGUAUCCAAUACUGACAUACAAGAGUCACCGCAGAGGGAGAUUCAUCAUUAUCACUUCCACGAUUGGUCGACAAAUGACGUGCCACAAAACGCCAGCGGGAUAUUGGAUGUGAUUGGCCAGCUCCAGAAGCACCAAAUGAAGACGGGGAAUGGACCAAUAACCGUGCACUGCAGUAAUGGCGCAGGCCGCACGGGGGCGUUCAUUGCCAUCAAUACUGUCCUGGAGCGAGUGAAGGCCGAGGGGAUCUGUGACCUGUUCCAGACGGUCAAGUCUAUGCGCUACAGCAGGCCUCACAUGGUGCAGACCGCCGAACAGUACCUAUUUUGCUACAAGGCUGUGAUGGAGUAUCUUGAUAGUUUUGACGACUACGCCAACUUCCAGUGA